CCACCAAUUGCAAAAUACAUUGGAUCAACAACGUCGUGGCUCUAAACACUCAUCUUGUACUGUUGUCAAAUCAAAUCCAUAGAGACCCAAUCUCUAGUUCUCUGGUACGCUGGCCCGAGUCACGAAGAACCGACUUCUGUAUUUCGGUGUUCCCCUUUGCCUGGUUGUGUACUCUGCAUCUGCAUAGCAAUAGAACCAGAGCUCUAGAAGAAGAGAAGAGAAGAAUGUCCGAAUCUCCCCUUCCGGCAGUGUAUACAAAGACAGAACCUCGCCCAGCCCCCAACGGGCAGGGAACGGGUCUCUUCGCGACAACAGACCUCGGCGUCGGGAAGGUCGUGCUGAAUAUCAAGACUCCGUACGUGGCUGUCCUGGAUACGCCGCGGCUGGAGGAUACCUGCUCUGGCUGUCUUGGAAGAAGACAGCAUGGGGAGCCUGGUGUGGUCUUGAAGGCGUGUACAGGCUGUCAGGUGGUGAAGUAUUGUGAUAGAUGCCUCGCACAGUAUUCAACAGUUUCAUCUCCUUUUUUUUCUUCUUCCCUUCUCUUCACUUCACUUUACCACUAUACUUCUCUUACUAACAGUGAAAAGACCUGCCAGGCAAAGGACUGGAAAUUCUCCCACUCUCUAGAGUGCGCCAUCUUCAAGCAGCUUAGGCCUCGAGUCCUCCCCAACAACGCCAGGGCUGUUCUUCGGAUGGUCCUGCGCGCUGCCAAGGGGAGGUAUUCCCCUCCAGAGCUGGAUGCCUUCUCCAAGCUGGAGACGCAUGCCCGAGAGAUCCGUCAGCUCAACCCGCAGCAGUGGGGGCGCAUUGCCCUGUCGUCCAAGGCAAUUAAGAUGUACUCUGGGACUGAUGUCGAGGAGGAAGUCAUUUCCGCAUGCGGUGCCAAGCUCGACUUGAACUCUUUCAACUUGACCAAUACAGUGUACGACCGAGUCGGGCUGUAUCUGCAUCCGUAUGCUGCUCUGAUCAACCACAGCUGCGACUAUAACUCCGUUGUGGGCUUUGAUGGCGACGAGCUCUUCGUCAAGGCAGUACGGCCGAUCAAAAAGGACGACCAGAUCUUCAUCUCGUACAUCGACACGACAUACCCCUCCACUGUCCGGCGCAGUGAACUGUCGGAGAGAUAUUUCUUCAACUGCGAUUGUUCCAAGUGUAAGCUCGGGCUCGAUGCUCCGGAAGCUCGCUUCCUGUCUGGUUCUCAUGAUACCUCUAAGCUACACGCGGUCGAAGGUGAAGCUCGGAAACUCAUGCAGUCCGCCGCUGCAGAUGACAGCCCUUUGGUUACUGUCCAGAAACUCAAGUCAGCCAUGCACCUGCUGCACGAAACUUCUGCUUGGCCCGUCACCCGGCAGCCAUAUGUCUCGCUGCGUGACGAGCUGAUCACGGCAUUGAUCUCGGCAGGUCUUUUCGACGAAGCUUUCAUCCAGGCUGCGAUCAGAUAUCUUCGUGUUGACCCUGUUGUUUAUCGUCAAGACGGGCACCCGAUACGCCAGGUACAUGCCUGGGCCUUGGUAAAGCUUGCAAUUCACCUUUCUGCAGACGCAGGGGAAACCCGGCUUGAACCCUUGUUUCGCAAUCACCAUAUCGCCACCCCAAACCUGAGCCUCCUCGUUUGGUCUGUACUGCACCGACUCGUCCACAUGGAGGAUCAAAGCUGCGUUGUUCCCUCCUUCAAAGACAUGCUGCAUGCAACGUUCGACGACGUACAGCAGGAAUUCGAGAGAGGACGCUCUAAUCCCCGCUCGAUGACUAGCGAAAUCAAUACUCAGUGGGAGCAGAUCGGGGCCCUGGUGGACUUGGUCUUGGCCAACGAGUAGAUCUGCUGCUCUUGCCAACGCCGCGGAAUGAGAGAAGCCACAUUUAACCUUUUUUUUUUAAACCAAAAAACCGGUGGCUUUGGCUUUGGUCUCUUUGAGAUCUAGCACUGACUGGGAUCUGUGCCUAAGGGAGGGUGGGA